AACACAUAGGCAGAAUGAAUGCAAAGCGCCUAAAGAACACUUCCUGUUGAUGUAAAAACUGAAGCCGCAACUGUCUGACACAUCUGGACCGGAGAGGGGGGGAGGCCUGGCUGUAGCGUUAGCGAACUACUGAGGGGAAUGGACAACAUUUAACGCUAAUCUGCGAGACGGCUGUCGACAAACUGGAGAAACAUAUCCAAGAAAUGGACGACGGCAGCUACAUCGAGUUUGAUGUGCCGGAGUUCAGUAACACUGUUCUUACUCAACUCAAUGAGUUGCGACUGCAAGGGAAGUUGUGUGACAUCAUCGUUCACAUUCAGGGCCAGCCGUUCCGAGCUCACAAAGCUGUCCUGGCAGCAAGUUCACCCUACUUUCGUGACCACUCAGCUCUCAGCACCAUGAGUGGUCUUUCCAUUUCGGUCAUCAAAAGCCCUGAGGUGUUUGAACAGCUUCUUGCUUUCUGCUACACAGGCCACAUGUCCCUACAGCUCAAGGAUAUCAUCAGUUUUCUCACUGCAGCCAGCUUUCUGCAGAUGCAGGCAAUCAUUGACAAGUGCACACAAAUUUUGGAGGGCAUCCAUUCCAAGAUCAGCCUCCCAGCUAGUGCCUCCAGCACAGAGAAGGACAACCUGCAAACAAGUCGAAAUGGGAUGAAUGACAGCAACCUCUUUAUAAACCCUACCCAGAUCUCCCCCCCUUAUUACUCCCGGCACAAUCAGCCAAGUGUUGAAGCACGGUUGGAGUUAGCAGGAAAAGGCCAAAGCAGAGUACGACAACAACAACAAGAGGAGGGCCAGUCGGAUCGUGGCAGUAGUGAUGGCGUGUCAGAGCAAGAUGCCCCCAUGGAGGGUGAAACGGAGCAAGUAGAACUGAUUGGCAAAGAUGGGCAAGUAACAGAUGUGCAUGUAAAGAUCGAGAAAAAUGAUAGGCCUACCUACUCAGACAGUUCCUCAGCUGGUGAUGAUGGUUACCACACAGAGCUUGUGGAUGGAGAUCAGAUUGUGGCUGUUAGUGUGGGUUCAUACGGUCCUGUCAUUCAGCCUGCCGCAUAUUCUUACUCAGGGCUUUCCUCCCCUUGCUUUGUCAACCUGAGCAGCUCCAGUCCUUCUCGCUCUUUGCUCAGUGGCUUCAGAGGUGGGCGAGCUAGAGCCAAGCGCCCAGUGGCCAUUCCAGCAGGAGUGCUAAGUCAUGUCAAACCAGGCUCGGAUGAUGGAGAAUCAGUCGUUGGGGCCACUGGGCUGGAAAAUGAUGUCCGAGAGCGCAGCCUCCGGAGCCAGUGGUACCCCUACAACGAGAGACUCAUUUGCAUUUACUGUGGAAAGUCUUUUAAUCAGAAAGGAAGUCUGGACCGCCACAUGCGUCUGCAUAUGGGAAUUACUCCAUUUGUGUGCAAGUUCUGUGGCAAGAAGUACACGAGGAAAGAUCAACUGGAGUACCACAUCCGUGGCCACACAGACAACAAGCCUUUCCACUGUCAAAUCUGUGGUAAAUGCUUCCCAUUUCAGGGCACCCUUAACCAGCACCUGAGGAAGAAGCAUAUGGGAGCAUCAGAGGUCAGCAAUCAUAUGGACUCCCCAGAGAGGAUGGAGGGAAGCUCAGGUCAAAAAGACCAAGAUGAUGCAUCGGAGGGGAUGGCUUUUGAGGCUCAGUAUGCAGAAGAGGCACCGGCUAAUGAAAUGGAGGAGAGUUCUAAAUGCAGUCCAGAGGAAGCUCAAGCAUCGAGAUGUGAUUUUUAGGUUCUGCUUCUGGUGAAGCAAGCUUUAAGAAAUGAUUAUUUCAACUCAAUCUAAAGUACCCCUGUUUUUGAAUCAGCUCUCUCUGCUAUGGACAUUUCUCAAUUCAAGGGUUUCUGUCAGUUUUGUAAAGUGUGUUGCGAAAUGCAGAGGGGAAACAAAUGCUUUAUAAAAAAAAAAAUCAUUUAAGCAAAGGGAGUAACAACUUACUAUUUUUGAGGUGGUCCUAAUAAUCAAGACCUCUAGUUGAUUUCUCUUUUUAUCUUUCCAUGUUUUUUUAAAAAAUAUUUAGAGUUAUAUAGGCAUGUUGCAAUAAUUGAUAAUGUGAAAGCUCUGGUAAGAUGCUUGUCAUAUCACCUUUUUAUCUGACCUGUUUUUGCACAUGUGACCACUGGAGGUCACUUACUCACAAGGAAUGAUUUUUCUGCCAGUGCAAAGCUUCGUGUGACAUACCUGUUCAAUACCUCAUGCUGCAACUACAUACUCAUAACAGUAUUUUAACUUAACUGAAACUCACCGGGUUCUACCUCAUAGCCAGGAACCUACAAUGCACAAAUGUGCUCACCGUUUAAAUCCGUUUUAGGUUUUAUGUACAGUUUAUCUUAUUGCCAAACUCUGUAAGAAAUGUUCUUUUAACACAAAGCCUUGAUACUUGGGGGGGAAAUAUUCCUUGCUGAUUGUAUGGAUUAGGAACAAAGUUCUUGUUUUAUGGUCAGCCAGGUUAAAAUUAUAAUUAAGAAGGUGCUAUGUCAGGAGUGCAUUAAGUUUGCUAGCUUAUGUGCUUUUGACAAAUGUGGGAAAACAGAUCAAGCAAAUGGCUGUUAUAUAAUUUCAAGAUUACAUUUUUUUCUGUAUUGUACUAAUUGUUAUACAAAACACUUCAGAAUUUUAUCGCACAUCACUACUGGAAGUCUCUCUCAAGUUGGCCCAGGCAUGGUGUUGUAUCAUCCAGACAAUGGGUGAAAAACGUCCACAUAGUUAGAAAGUAAUUUAUAUUCCUCUAUAGCCUGAUGGCAUAUUUAUACAUAAUGUACUUGUUUUAACCUGAGGAAGGCUUCCAAUAUAAAACUCAGUGUUUGACAGAGACAGGGGUACUCGUCAACUUAGCACAUAAGGAACAGUCUUGAACAAUAUGCAAAAAGAAUGAACAAAGGAAUCUCAGCCAUUGUCAGAUGGUUUUUAUUCCAUUAUUUGAAAAGACUUUGAUUCAUUUUACUGUUGUGUUCCAGAUAAGGAACAUCAUUUCCUCAUUUGUCAGUUCAACUUUAUAACAUUGUCACAAGUGCGGCAUAGAAGAAUUAAGGUUAAGAUUUAAAUGUUUUAAAAUGUAGUUGGUUAUUCAAAGUAUUGAUGCAGUUUGCUGAGUGACCUUUGGGCAAAGCGCUGUUCAGGUGAUUAAAUUGAGCAAAUCUGCAUGGAGAAUAAUCCUGAUUUAUCAGAUUCUGUGUAACUUGCUUCACAGCAGUAAAUGUUACUGCAUAAAACCAUUGACACUCGGCAAUCUCAUGAAUACUGUUGGAUAGAAGUCAUGCAUGUGGCAUGACUUUUUUUUAAUCUAUACUCUUUGUGCUAUGGGGAUCAGGGAUGGGUAGUUUUUAUAUAAAAUGGCACUUAAAAAGUGUCAGAUUAAUUGUUUGCAGAUAAAAAUUUCAGCCAGAAGGUUCUAUUUGUGCUACUCUGCUUUCUUAUUCGCAAUCAAGAUGUUAAAUGCCUUUUUUUAUUUUUUUGUAGUUUUCAAGAGCACAUGCUAUUUUUUUUUUGUCUGGCCUAUGCUGACUUUGCAUAGAACUUAAAAUUGAAUAUUGAGCAGUUUUCAUUAAGUUUUUGCUUAUUGUGCAUUUGGUGGGAGAAUAUUGUUUGCUUGUCUGAACUUACAUUUGUUCUUUUUUUAUUAUUUCCUCUGAAUGUACAGUUGUCAUCUUUAUUCUUUGACAGACAAAAUGGCAAACCAAAAUUUAGAGAAUUUUGCUAAAAGAUUACUAUAGCUAGCUUACCUUUUAUUCUUGUAUACGAAUCAAUCACAAAGACUUAUUUGUGUUACAGCAAACAGUCUGUCAGCCUAUAAAUGUUUACCAGGUGAAGUUUCUAUCUCUUAAAAGCUGACACAUGCAGGUUUGUCAACAGCUCUGACCUCACCAAAAUCAGAUGCUGACUAAAUUUCACAGCAAUGGUGUUUGUCCCUUAUUUAGGCAAAAAAAAAAAUAAAAAAAAGAGUAUGUAUACAUCUAGGAAAAUAAUAUCACUAUUUUAUGAAUAAUGGGUAAAAACUUCUAAAUAAUUUUGUGCCAAGACAUCUCACCAAAGACUAAUAGGUGACUUUUACAGCCAGUUUGAAUUAUAUUAUGUAACUGAAAGCUUGUUAAGAAGCAUAGGUUUCUAAUUUAAUAUAGGAUUAGUUUAUUGGUAUUUGCAGUUAAUGUUCAUUUCUCAGCUUAUAACAAUCAUUUCUGUAAAAUUUGAAGUUCAUAAUCUAUGAACUUCAGUAGUAAAGUCAUAAGUAAUAUAUAUUAAGCCAUACAAAAGUUGACAAUAGAAACGUGCAAUAGGUAACAUAAUUGCUUAAAGUCUGCAUAAACACAAGAGAGAAAACUACAUAGAGGGGCAUCUUAAACUUAGUGCCUUGCCACAAGCUUUAUCUUUUAGAUUCUGGCACUUGGAUGUUUGUGCCUCCUUCAUUUUAGAACAACAAAGAAUGAUAGGAUAACAUGACCACAUUUCUUAUAAAGUGGUGCCAAGAAUGAAUAGAAAUAAAUUUUUCUCAUUCUUUACGUUAGACUUGGCUUAAUAUUUGUUUCUGAUUUUCACCUAGUCUUUUUUGGGUCACUGAUUUUGUAGCAGUUGAUCACAAUCAAAUGAGGCAGACUUUCCUGCUCACCAGUGCCCAUGUUAUGUUCAGAAACUACUCCAAGACAAUCUGAGCAGUGUACUCCAGGUGAGGCAUUUCAGUGAAGGAAGGAGAUGCAUGAUGAAUAUAAAUCAACUUCCUCUCUGUUCUCUUAGAGUAGGAAACUGCUUGAAUAUUUAGCAGAUAAUCUACUGAGUAUUUGUGCAGGGAAAAAAAGCAAAUCCUUAUACUGUAGCUGAAUUGCAUGUUGGUUAACCACAAAAUUGUAUAGAAUUGCCAAUUGAAACUUUAAGGUUUUGUUUUGUUUCAUUGACUGUGCACUUAAAGUUAUUUUGUUUGUCAAAACCACAGAUAUGCUCCAUCCGUAAAGUUUUCUUUAACUCCUUAUCUACCUGUUAGGGACUCGGUUACAGUCCCCACAAACAUUUUGAGAGGCAGGGACCUUUUUUCCCGUAAGUGGUGCUUUUGGACUAGUCAGUGUUUUUCUCUUGGGUAACAAAUUUCUGAUUGGUUAAUGGAGGCAGGAUUGUUCAAAACUUUAAGCUAUAACUAUUUUUGUGGUAGUGCAAAACCAACUGAACGUGACACACUCUUCAAUUUGCUCUUUGUCGACCUUUUAUUCUCGCUCUCUGAGAGUGAAAGGAUGUUCAUUUUGGGCCACAAUUAAUCAACAGGAAGUGUUUACAAGGAAGGCUGUCCGACUACUUUUUGAAAUUGCAGCUCGUCCUAUUCCUUUUCUAAUAAACUCACUUCAGGUAGUUGACGAACACUGAUACAGAUUUAGAAAAUAAGAAAAAAAAAUCAUAAGUCUUCCAUGGCUUUUCUGUCGGUUGAUGUCCACUGUGUAUUACUGAAAGAGAGCAAUAACCUUUUUGAAAGUGAAAGUGGUUUAUUGGGAUCAUCAAGGCUGUUAAAACAAAUUAAAAGUCAGGGAACUGUUAAAUAAAUGGAGGACCACGGUGAUUUGGUUUUGAUUUACUUUUUAUAUAUUUUAUUAUUUUUGGACAAGUUGACUUAUUAAAAGUAUUCAAGUGAAAAAAAUGGUGUUGCUAAGAGAUGUUUGAAAUGCUCGUGAAAAUCCAGUGGUAGUCAGUAAACUGCAACACAGAAACAGCAUGGUUCAGUUCUAAAACUCACAGGUGCACCUCCACCUAAGUCAGCUAAGGAAAGGGAUUUUUGGGGCUGUAACGCCACUGGGAGUGGCCUCUCUGUUGGCAUGUUGAGGUUCAGUGAUCUCCUUUUGGCUCCUCCUGUUUUGAGACAGUGGUUGUAGUUCAAGACCAGAAGGAAAGGGUUUGGUUAGCUGAUGUUCUGUACCCCUUUUCUGAAUCAUGAAACUGCACUAUAAUGUCUCUGGUUUGCAUGUGCUUGGUGACAAGGCAAAAAACAACAACAACCAUUGAACUCAGGGUAUAUCAUGCUAAAAGUGGUCUCAUUGGACAUUUAUCCUCUGUCCAUAGUGUAUUUGUGCCGUGUUCUUCAGGUUGGGGAAACAAAGUCUCCAGUCAAUGACUCCCAAGCAUUCUGCCUCAAGGUCUCAGCAAGUCCGUAAUGUCCACAGAACUGAAACUCGAGGCCCACUGGAGACCACGAACCGAACCAUAACAGCAGAAAUGUCCCAUGUUCUGUUUUAUCCACUCUACACACAACCUCACAACCCAACUGUGAACCUCAGAACUCUACUCUUUUAUACAACUAUGAAGUAAAUGAAGCUACAGCUGACAUUGUAUCUAUUGCCAUUUAUGAAUUUAUUUUAUAGCAUGAAAUAAAUAUAUUUAUUCAAAUGAUAUAUUUUACUCAUAAUCAUUCUGUGCUGCUUCAUUUUGGUUCUUAAGCUUGUAAAUUGCCUUUUUAUUAUACAUAAAAUGUCCAUAGAAUAAUGCGUUUGUAAAAUAAAGACGCUGAUUUGGA